AUGCCGUCUCUUCAAGAAAGCAAAUUGGCCUUCAUCGGCGGUGGCAACAUGGCCUCCGCCAUCAUUGGUGGUCUGGUGAGCAAGGGUGUCAACAAGCAGAACAUCUGUGUCUCCGAGCCGUGGGAUGUCAACCGCGAGAAGAUGGCCGCCCUGGGUGUGCGCACCACCACCUCCAACGUCGAGGCCGGCGGUGAUGCCGAUCUCAUUAUCAUUGCAGUCAAGCCGCAGGUCACUAAGGGGGUGUGUGAGGAGCUCGGCGCCGCCUGGUCGCCGCGAGAGUCACUGCCCGUGGUCGUCAGUAUUGCCGCCGGUAUCACCCUGGACAGCUUGCAGAAGUGGCUCACGACCAGCGAUGGACGUACCGCUCAUACUGUCCGAGUCAUGCCCAACACCCCCGCACUGGUCGGCGAGGGUGCGUCCGGUGUUUACGCCAGCAAGGAUGUCACCCCGGCUGAGAAGGAGCUUGUCAAUGCUUUGCUUGGCAGUGUGAGCAAAGCUACCGAGUGGGUUGAGCGUGAGGAUCUGCUUGAUGUUGUUACUGGUCUGUCCGGAUCUGGCCCUGCCUACUUCUUUGCUAUGGUUGAGCACCUUGUUGCAAGUGCUACAGCUCUUGGUUUGCCCGAGGAACAGGCUACUCGCCUGGCCACGCAGACUUGUCUGGGUGCGGGCAAGAUGCUUGUCGAGAGUGCCGACCCCCCUAGCCAACUGCGCAAGAAUGUUACUAGCCCUAACGGUACUACCCACGCUGCUCUCAUGAGCUUCGAGUCUCUCAACUUCAAGGACAUUGUCGACAAAUCUGGCGAUGAUAAUUCAGCGGCUUCGUUCGAGAAGACCCUAUCGACGUUGUCGACCAAGAUCGGUCAGGCGACCACGCAGCUGGACCAACAGCGCCAAUCCUCACGACGCUUCAAGGCCCUGUGGACGCUUUACUCAACCUUUGCCUAUCUGUUCUACUCUAUCAUUCUUGCCCUGAUUCUGGGAUGGGAAAGCUGGGGAAUCAAGGAAUAUGCAGCAAUCGGGGGUGGACCAGUCGUGAUUUACGCUGUUCGCACGACAAGCUCCAAGGUCUUCAACUACCGCAUCAACCGUCUCCAGCGCCACCUUGACGAUCUCCACAAGCAGCGUGAGGUGACAAUCGAGAAGCUCAAGGUUGCCACCAAGUACAACUCUACCCAGCAACUGCUAGAGAAAUACGGCGGCGCGUCUCCCGAACCAUCUCCCAACCGAAAGGCCUCCGGCGAGAAGCAGAAGUCUCCCCAGCAGCCACAGCAACCUGUUGCCCGCACUGGUCUUCCACCACCGCCAACCGCCAACAUCCGCCGUCCGCCUUCCUCCCCUCAGACCCCAACCAAUGCUCCAUCACCGCAACCCCCAUCAUCUCCACAGGAGUUAGCACGCGGCUCGCCGCAAUUCCAGCAACAGCCAUUCGCACCUCCCCCUUACCCCCAACAACCCACUGAGCAAGCCGAAUUUGCACCAAACGCCUACUCAACCAACGCAGGGCAAGGCGUCGAAUCACCACACUGGUACGACAGACUCCUCGAUGUCCUCCUCGGUGAAGAUGAAACCCAACCCCGCAAUCGAAUGGUGAUGAUCUGCACCAGCUGCCGGCUCGUCAACGGCCAAGCACCACCUGGAAUCAAGACACCGGAAGAACUUGGCCGCUGGCGUUGUGGAAGCUGUGGCGCUUGGAAUGGAAGCGAGAGCGAGACUAGCCAAAUGCUCACAACCUUGCGUCAGGAGAAUGCCCCGACGGAAGGGGCUUGGGAGCCUGUUUCCAAGGAUGAUGCUGAUACUCAGUCUUCCGAGGGCACGGAUGAGGCUGUUAUGGUUCCAUCUAGUGAAAAGGAACAGGCUGAAUCUGGUGGAUCGGAGGCUGAGGAGCGUGAAGCGGUGGAGGAGUCGACUGAGCCUGUGCGACGUUCUAAGCGUGGCGCGAAGGGUAGCAAGGGCAAGUAG